AUCAUAAGAAAAUCAAAAGUGAAAUAAGAGAUCAAAAUGAUGAAGCUCAUAGUUGUCUUUGUUAUAUCCAGUUUGUUGUUUGCUACUCAAUUUUCUAAUGGUGAUGAAUUAGAGAGUCAAGCUCAAGCACCUGCAAUCCAUAAGAAUGGAGGAGAAGGCUCACUUAAACCAGAAGAAUGUCCAAAGGCAUGUGAAUAUCGAUGUUCGGCGACAUCUCACAGGAAACCAUGUUUGUUUUUUUGCAACAAAUGUUGUAACAAAUGUUUGUGUGUACCAUCGGGAACAUAUGGACACAAAGAAGAAUGUCCUUGCUACAAUAAUUGGACGACCAAAGAAGGUGGACCAAAAUGUCCAUGAAAACAAAAAAUUGUAAAAGCAAAAUAAAAUCUAUCGUUGUUAUCUCUCAAUAAAAUCUAUGUUUGUAAUCCUUGUUUUUCAAUAUAGAAUAUAAUAUGGAGUUUUCAUAAUUUCUUCUA